GCGGGCGGAGCCGGUGGGAUCGGACCGAACGACCGACGGGCCGAAGGUUCGAGGGGGGACCCGGGACCUGGAGCCCCGAGCGAGGUCGAAGGCGCCCGGGCCAGGUGUCCAGUCGCAGGUAGCCCCGGCCCGAGAUGCGAUAGGAGGGGCGCGCACCAGAAGCCCCUUCCCCGGUGCUGCCAACCCGCCACCCAGCCCAUGGCGAACCCCGGCCUGGGACUGCUCCUGGCGCUGGGCCUGCCGCUGCUGCCGGCCCUCUGGGGCCGAGCCUGGGGACAAACACCGACCCCUGAGACCGGCACUGUCACACCCACUGGCUCCAGCACCAAUGGGGCCCUGUCUCCGGAGGCCAUCACUGCUAUCAUCGUGGUCUUUUCUAUCCUGGCCGCCCUGCUCCUGGCUGUGGGACUGGCUUUACUGGUGCGGAAACUGCGGGAGAAGCGGCAGACCGAGGGCACCUACCGGCCCAGCAGUGAGGAGCAGUUCUCCCAGGCAGCCGAGGCCCGGGCCCCCCAGGACUCCAAGGAGACGGUGUGGGGCUGCCUGCCCAUCUAGGUCCCCUCCUUUCCAUCUGCCCCCCUUCCUUGCUGUGUGCCCUUGAGGGAAGGCAGAGCCCUCUCUGGGCAAUCAGACCCACUCCAGCGCUUAAGAAUAUCAGGGAAGAAGGUGCUGUAAAGACUUUGCCCCCAGCGGAAGAGAGGGUGGGUUGCUCACUUUUUAUAUAUUUAUAUCAAAUGGGUAGUGAGAU